CCCUGCCCUGCCCUGCCCAGGGAGCGCGCCCACUCGCCGUGGCCUGUCACCCCAAGUCCACUCGUGUCAGGCACGUGGCGUGUGCGCGACAUUCGUGACAUGCAGUCAUAAGGUGCUCAAGAGGGUUUGAUUAGAAGCAGGAGCUUGAAGAGCGGCUCAAGUUGCCUCCCUGUGACUUUGCCUGCGGCUGCUCUUCCAUCGCCUUCGGCUGGUACUUGAUGAUUUCCCAAGAUGUUUGCAAAAGCAACAAAGAAUUUUGUGCGAGAGACUGACUGCGGGGGUGAUUUGAUCCCUGUAUCCCGUUUGAAUGAUUCAGACAAAUUGCAGCUUCUGAGCCUAGUAACAAAGAGGAAGAAAUUCUGGUGCUGGCAGAAACCAAACUAUCAUUUCUUGACGGUCACAUUGAGUGAUGUACUUGCAGAAGACAAACCUAUAAAACCAGUAAUUGUGGAGUCUGACUUUGUGAAAUAUGAGGGGAAGUUUGAAGAUUGUGUCAGAGGAAAUCUUGAAGCCUCAUUUGGAAAGAUCAAUUUGGGUGCUGGCGGAAAAGGCUUAGUAGAAAGUCAAUCUUCAUUUGGAAAUCUGAGAAAGCAAGAGGUUGACUUGCAGCAGCUUAUGAACGAUGUCAAGGGAAGAACAAUGAACCUAAACAAUACUUUACUGAAACAAGUGCUGGAAAGAAAACAUGAGGUACUAUGUAUCCUGACAGAGAAGAUAGUAACAACUAAAAAGUGCUUGAUAACUGAACAUAUUCAGACAGAAGAGAAAAUUGGUGGCAUAGCAGGAUUCAGCACAAAAGUUGUGAAGGUUUCAGUGAGUGAAAACGGAAACAUGAUGAAGGAUUCUAAUGUGGUCUUAGAGAUUCCUGCCCCUACCGCUAUUGCAUAUGGUAUCAUUGAACUGUACAUAAAGCAUGAUGGCCAGUUUGAAUUCUGCCUGCUAAAUGGACAACAAGGAGGUUUUGAAAGAGAAAACAUAGCAGGCUCUUCUUACCCCCAUUCAGUACUAUUCAGAGACACCUCCUUUUUCUAUCAGCCAGAUGCUGUUGAUAGUGCAAGACAUUCUGGGGAUGAAAAUACUAUUCCAAGUGACGCUUCCUUAAGUGUACUGAAACAAGGCAUAUCGGUGUUAAAAACCCAAUUCCAGCCUUUUGUGAAGUUAUCAGAUGACAAGCAAGGGGCUUUAUAUAAAACCCUCUAUGAAAUCUUAUAUCAUGAUGAACUGGUGACUGUACUGGAGGAUAUGGUAAAUAAUAUUCGUAUGGGAGACAAACCAAAGUUGAUGGAACUGAAGGAGCUAAAACCUGCACAGCAGCAAGAUGUAGCAGACUUUCUGCAGCUGGUAGGGUAUAGUUUACAGAAUGGGCUGUUGUUACAGGAAGAGCAAAGACUCUUCUCAGCUGCUCACCUCUUGAUCAGUGCUGUAGCAGAGCUGCCUGAUGACACCCUUGCCCUCCUGGGUGCUUGCUGUGAUCUGCAGGUGGUCCCUGCCUUGUGUUGUUUGCCUAAUGUCGUUUCAGCUGAUGGCACUUUGCCACUGAGUGAUCCUACUAUGGCCACUUUCAGUGACACAGGAAGAUUUCACAUAGUGCGAAGGCUGUUCGCCUCAUCAAACAUUAACCUCAAAAUGACAGAGUCUACAGUGAAAGCUGUAACUAUGAAAGAACCUAGAUUUUUUCCAUUCAUUCUUUAUAUUGCAUUGUAUGGGUUUUAUGCUUUAGGUGGGAACCUGUAAGGGUAUCUCUAUGUAUUGCAGUAUGUUCAAUUAUUAUUCUAGCCUGUUCUUUCCUCUUACGGUACAUCUGUGCUGCAUUCGUAUCUAUCUGCAGUCUAGUAGACAUAACCAAGAUAGCUUCAAACUGAGUAGCUCAGAUAUCAAUAGGAGUCAUGGCAUAGCAACACAGAUCCCAGCAUGGCCUUGUUAAACCUGCCCAUUUACCUGGACACACCUAGAUAGCCUGUGCUCGCAUCCAUGCUGCUGCAGGUACGCAGCUACCAGGUAGCUUCUUUAAAACUACCUCUGGUGCAUCUACUUUCUACUACAAUCAUAGCAGUGACACUAGUAUACACAGACUUUAAGGACUAAAGAGGCUAGAAUAAUCGCUGAACAGACUGCAUGAAUAAAUAGCACAUUUGAAAUGCAAUUGAGUCCUGCUAAUUUGUACUAAUUGUGACUGGGAGACUAAAUUACUAAAUUUGAUAACUGAGUUGAUGGAUAAGCAUGGAAAAUCCAAGGGCAUUGCAUCCCAACAUGUGUGUUGUUUAGAUUUAGUGCCUACACUCCUAGCCACCAUGGAUGUUACCAGCCUAUAUACCAACAUCCCACACCAGGAUGGCAUCCAAGCCUGCCUUACAUAUCUACAGGAACAAGAUUACAACCCAGAAUACAGACCCAAAGA